AAGGAUCAUGAUGAAAAACUAACAUAUGAUGUAUUUUAUUUUGAUUGGUAUAUUUUCCAUCUCUGAUGUCUUCUGCUCAUGGGAAACGUGUUCAGAAAAUGACGUUGCUUAUAUGUUUGAAGAACAGAAAGUUAAUUGGUAUGAGGCAGCUAGGCGAUGUGAAAUGGCCAAUGGAACCUUAGCUACAGUUCAGUCAAGAAUCGAAGAAAACUGUAUUUCCAGUACCCCUAAAGAAAGUGACGGCCCCUAUUAUAUUGGAGAUAAUAAGUCCUCCUCUGGACUUUGGACAUGGAUAGAUGGGACUCCAAUAACCCAGCCAACAUACUGGGCUUCAGGUGAACCCAAUAAUGCUCAAGGAAAAGAAAAUUGCUUACACUUCAAGUUGAUUGGGGGAGUUCACUACUGGAACGACAUCUCUUGUGAUGUUCUUAGUGGUUUUGUUUGUCAGACAACAUUGACUUUGACAACAGAAUCAGCUUUAUUAAGCACACGUGAUAAAACUACUCUGCACGAAGGAUCAUCUGAAAACCAACAUGGUAAUGCAUAUGAUGAAUAA